AAAGGAUUGAAAUCCUCUUCAUCUCUUUCUUCUUCUUCUUCUCUCUCUCUCUCUCUCUCAUCUCAUGUAGUUAAUGAACGAAAUCGUAGUGAAAUGUCGUCGAUUUGGUCCUCUUUUCGAGUUUUAGCGCCUCAAUGGAGACACAACAGAGUUCAAUGGAGACACAACAGAGGCUUGAGUCUCUGGGUUUUGCUCCAUUCAAAGCGAAAUAUUAGCGUCUCACUUUCUUCCUCCUUAAACGAUGAUUCAGUCUCACCACCGCCCAACAAAAACCAGGUGGGUUAUGAUCCUUCAGAGGACCUCUUUGGACUUGCUGUUGAUGUCCAGCCAAGGAAUAUCAUUUCUGGUGCACCCAAACCUAGAUCGUGGUUUGGUCCAAAUGGCCAGUACAUCAAAGAGUUGCCUUGCCCAAGUUGCAGGGGAAGGGGUUAUACUCCAUGUACAGAAUGUGGAAUAGAGCGAUCUAGAUUAGAUUGUUCACAAUGUAAUGGAAAGGGUAUAAAGACUUGUCAUCAAUGCUCGGGAGAUUGUGUCAUAUGGGAAGAGUCAAUUGAUGAACAGCCAUGGGAGAAAGCCCGUUCUAUUUCUCCAUUUAAAGUAAAGGAAGAUGAUGAAGUAGACAAUUUAGACAUAAAGUUGAAAGUGAGGCGGAAAACAAAGCGUGUAUACUCGUCUCUACCUCCUGAAGUUGGUUUAAAGAUCAGCAGAUCAUUAAAAAGCCUCAAUGCCAGAACUGGCCUAUUUAGUAAGAGAAUGAAGAUUAUCCAUCGUGAUCCUAUGCUACAUGCUCAAAGAGUGGCUGCGAUUAAGAAAACUAAAGGGACUGCUGCAGCAAGGAAGCAUGCAUCUGAAGCUAUGAAAGCUUUCUUUAGUGAUCCAGAAAACCGUCGCAAGAGAAGUGUUUCGAUGAAAGGAGUGAAAUUUUACUGCAGGAACUGUGGACGGGAAGGGCAUAGAAGGUACUACUGCCCAGAACUUCAAGACAGCUUGACAGACAGAGGGUUCAAGUGCCGGUUAUGUGGGGAAAAGGGGCAUAACAGAAGAACCUGUCCUAAGUCAAAGCCAACUCAAUCACAAGCCAAGGUUCCAAGGCAUCAUUGUUGCAGGAUAUGUGGUCAGAGCGGGCAUAAUUGCAGGACAUGCCCACGAGCCACUCAAGGAAAAUCAUAUGAUGCCCCUAAAAGUCGGACAUACACUUGCUGGUUAUGCCUAGAAAAAGGGCACAAUACGAGGACAUGCCCUAUUAGAAAACUAUCUGUUGAACAAUGACUCUGAAACCUAGUCAUCACAGACACCAAGUGCUUGCUUUCUUAUUGUCAAGAAAUUUCGCAACAGAAGACAAGAUGGCACUGUUGGGAUCAAUUGACUAGGAUGUAUUAUCGGAAAUGAACUGACGGGUAUAUUCUUAGAAAUUCUCUUGUCAGAUUGAAUUGAGAGAUAUUUUUUCACGUGAAAUGCAUUGCUAUAUAGUAUCUUGAAAGGAGGCAUAUUACUCGUGGAAGUGUAUUGCUAUAUAGUAUGCUUUUCUUUUCAUUUUUUCA